AAAGCCGAACUUUUGAAUAGUCUUGUAGCUACUCCAUAUCACCAAUUCAUUGUCUUAUUCAAUCUUUGAAACCUUGGAACCAACUCUGUCUCCUCCAGCUCUAUCUACCCGCCUCUAAUAACUCCAAUGGAAAAUUACAGAUCCAAAUCCUGUAGAGAUGAGAGGAACAUGCAGAUGGAGGUCUACUAUGGAGGCAGCAGAGACGAGAGGAAUAUGCAGAUGGAGGUCUACUAUGGAGGCAAGGCAGCAGCUCCACCAGCUCCACCAGCCCCACCAACAAGCAUGAGAGAUCUCAAGAGUUACAGUGUCAACUAUGGUCGCUCUGGUAGUAGUUUUGAUGCAUACCCAAAUCAUCAGAUUGUUAAAGAUGCCAAGACGAAGAAAGGGAAGAGCAGUUUGGGGACAUCCACAUCAAAGAUCUGGAGCUUGGCUGACCCAGAGUUGCGGAGGAAGAAGAGGGUUGCUGGAUACAAAGUCUAUUCAGCUGAGGAGAAGAUGAAAGGGUCUUUCAAGAAGAGCUUUAAGUGGAUCAAGAGCACCUACACUCAAGUAGUCUAUGGGUGGCGAUGAUUGAUCAAACGGGUAUUUGGAAAGAAAAAGAAAAGAAUAAAUCUUUUGUGUAUUCAGCACUGUAUGUUGUUCUGCAAUGUGAAGUUCAUUAUGUAUCUUUUGGAAAUCUUGGAGAUGCUAAAGAAUUUAAUUUAAUAAGAAAAAGAAUCAGAUAUGAGUUUGUGUUAUUU